AUGUAUCGGAUUUCGCAGCAAUCGAUUGACGGAACGCUUUCACAGGACUCUGAAUCCCCAUAUUCUCUCGUCGUGGUCAUAAGGACACACGCCGUCUCAUCGAUGCAGCGCACAACAUUCAAAGGGCUGGCGCAGCGCGUGGUUCGGAAGAUCGGUGAAACUUCCGAAGACGCCGGAAGACUUGCCAAGUUCGAUUGGAGAGGACGGUUUGGUAGGCAGCUCCGGGAACUGUGCAACAUUACGGCCCUCCACGGCUACAGCCAGAUCGUUCGCGAUGGUUACAGUCCGCUGGAGAGGACCGUAUGGUCGUGUGCCGUCGUUGCGUCGACUAUCAGUGCCAUUACGCUGCUAGUGAUUUCCUGGUCCUGGAGCGUGGAAACACCGACCGUUACGGUGACGGAAUCGACGAACUUUCCCACCUGGAAUCUCCCGUUUCCCGCGGUGACGGUAUGCAGUCUCAACCGUAUCUCCGCCGCGGCCGCAUUAGCUCGAGCCACGCUGAUGCAACGUCCGGCUAACAUGACCGCCCUGGAGUUAUCGCGUAUGUUUCGGCUGUUGCUGCAUGUUUCCGGCGUGGGUGGAGGUACGGACCCGGCGCAAUACAGAGUGCUGCACGACAUUCUGCUCUCCAACAACCUGGAGGUGCCGCAAUUGAUGGGCGAGUUCGCGCCGUCCUGUGGCACGCUGUUGGAGCGUUGCAUGUGGAAGGGCACCCAGUGGCGCUGCGACAAUCUGUUCCAGGUCGUGAACAGCACCGAGGGCUUGUGCUGUUCGUUCAACUACUACGGCCUGCGAUACGAUAACUAUCCGAAGAAGAUGACUGUGAGCGUUCCGAGGGAACCAAGGAGGGUGAUGGCCGCCGGCUACCAGACUGGCCUGUCGAUCUUACUGCAGCCAGCAUCCGAUGACUACCACUCCACCGAUGUGGCCUCGUUCGGGUUCAAAGUGCUGAUACACAGCUCCUAUGACUAUCCAGACAACGAUGCGGAGAUCAAGAUCCUCCUGGCGGGUACUGAGUCAUUCGUCGCCCUCCGGCCAACCGCUACGUAUGCCACGGAGGAUGCACUCGGUUUGCCGCCGUCCGUGCGGAAAUGUUACGGUCGUGACGAACGGCACUUGAACGUGCUGCAGCGGUACUCGUACGUGAACUGCAUGGUCGAAUGUCGCGCGGCCAUGAUCCACGCCAAGUGCGGCUGCCUUCCCUACCAACUGCCCAGCAAUGGCACCCUGCGGAACUGCGAGGUUCGGGAUAUGGGUUGCCUGCUGGCUGCGAAGGACCUGUACUUGUCCGCCGUGCCACGUGUGAACAGCACGGUCGAACGGCUGCCGUACGGGAGUCUCGAGCCACCUUGUGGGUGUUUGCCAGCGUGCGACAAAAUACAGUACUCGUCGGAAAUGGUGACGGGUGCGAUGAACCGGAGCUUUUCCUUCAACAGUUUGUCGUUUUUCAAAGACAUUCAGCUGGAAAACCAAAGCCUGGUGCACAUUUUCUUUGCUGACCUCACGGCGACUCACUACCGCACCGACAUCUAUCAGGAUUCCUUGGGCGUUUUGGCAUCCUUUGGUGGCAUAUUGGGUCUGUUUUUGGGCUUCAGCAUCAUAACGGGAUUUGAAAUGAUUUACUUCUUCACCAUUCGCCUGCUGUUCGAUGUUUUGGCGGAGAAAAACAAACCGUUGCAAUAA